AUGAAUUUCCGAAGACCGCGCACACGUUCUCGACGAAACUCUUUGAAUUUUGUACUAAACAGCGAGAAAUGGCGAAGCUACGGAAAAAGAAUAUCUCGCAAAGAUCAAGAUUUAGUAGAAGAAGACUCAGACGACGAUGUACCGAACGCAGGUGAGCUUAAAGACUGGGUUGAAGAAUUUUUCGUACGUAAGAGCGUGUGCGCAGACAAAUCGGAUCAGGAUGUCGAAAUAAAACUUAAUAAGAAACAAACAUUAAUACUGUCUACGCUAGUACCUGAUGAAAUACUUCUAAUGAAUAAAUUUGACACAACCAAUGCCAAUCGUUUUGUUGGAGUCUUAUUAAUGGCUGACGUAUCUGGCUACACAGCUUUAUCAGAAAAAUAUAACACUUAUGGAAAAGGUGGUACAUAUAGAUUAACAGUGACCCUUAAUACCUACCUAGGUUCCCUCAUAGAGAUUAUAUAUAGCCACGGAGGUGAUGUUAUUAAAUUCGCUGGAGAUGCAUUUUUAGCUCUAUGGAAAACGGAUAAAAGAACAUUUAUAAAUCACACGAUUCAUACUGCCAUAGCAUGUGCUCUUAUAAUACAGCAUUCUUUUGGCUCCUAUGAAACUGACGUUAAAGUUAAUUUAAAAGUGAAACUAGCUAUUUCAGCAGGUAAUUUAAUUUUUGCUCCUAUAGGAAGUGGUAUAGAUAUGAAUUAUGUUAUAAUCGGAUUACCCGUACUGGAAGCGAAAGCUGCUGAGAGUGUCUGUGCCUCUGGUGAAGUAAAACUAACUCCAACAGCGUGGGGACACUGUUACUCCAGAAAUUACGACCAUACUAUUGAUGACGAUGGCCAUGUUACAAUAAAGUCAAUAUUAUACGAUCCCCACGAAAAAGAUGUCACAAAACCCUUUCUAGGCUUUGGACCUAUGAUACGGCAAAUUAAAAAACCUUUUAUUUCUAUUGAGAGUCUUCCAGAUUUUUUGUAUAGCGCACCAACUGAAUUAAGUGCUGCUGACAUAUCAAAACGAAAUGACAUCUUAAGUUUGCGGAAAACAAUUUUACUCGCUGAAGAAAAAGAUAUUGGUUCUGAAAUCAGAAGAUUUAUGAUAAGACCUAUACUGACACAAAUAGACGCGCAUCAGCCUUUAGAGUAUCUCACGGAAAUGCGUCAAGUUUCCAUACUGUUUGUGACUCUUAAACCACGAGAAUGUCCUCUCCCCGAACUUAUAACAAUAGUUAACAACUCUUAUCAAAUAACGUGUGAAAUCGUUUAUAAAUCUAUGGGAUGUGUGAAUAAAAUAAUUCUCUUUGAUAAAGAUGUGAUGAUUUUAGUGAUAUUUGGUUUACGAGGCUUUAAGCAUGAAUCUGAAGCCCAAGCAGCCUUGAAGUGUGCUUACAGUAUAAAAAAAUCUUUGUCAGCAUUGGACGGUGUUAUGGAAGUAUCCAUAGGAGUUACAACAGGACAAGUAUAUUGUGGAGUAGUUGGACAUCCUCUUCGUAGAGAAUUUACGGUAAUCGGUGCCGUUGUUAAUAAAGCCGCCAGAUUUAUGUGUGGAUUCCGCAAUAAAAUCACGUGUGAUGAAGCAACCUUUGUAAAAAGUAAAAUGUCGAGCAAUGGUUUCACACUACAGCCACCAACUGAACUUAAAGGUAUCGUAAGGCCUGGAAAGAUAUAUGAGUACACAGAAGAAAUUCGUGUGAAAGAGUUAUUUGACAUUCCUAUGAUUCCACCGUUAUUAAAUCGAGCCGAUGAAAUGGAUUAUUUUAAUAACUGGAUUAAAGAUUACCAUUUACCAUUCCGUGAUUUUGAUGCUUUAUUACUUAUAGGUGAACCUCGCUUGGGCAAAACUAGACUUCUAGAAUGGAUGGCACGCAGUGCAAAGAGUAAACAACUCAAAGUUUGUUAUGUAACAUUGACCUCUAUUCACGCCGCAACUCAAUAUCUAGCUAUAAGUCAAAUCAUUGACCAACUCUUAGAGGUACAACAACCUGUCAAAGGUUUUGAGAAAGAGGAGAAAAUUGUUAAACUUUUAAAAUUUUACACGGAUGAUCUUUGUUAUUUGAAUAAUAUCAUAAAGGUACGAUUUGCCUAUAAUGAAAGAUUUAACACACGUAAUGAAAAGGAGCAGAUUGAAAAGGCCAAAAUAGUAUUUAAAGAACUUGCGAUGUCUAUUCCCGAAACUUGUGUCGUCUUUUUAGAUGAUUUACAAAAUUUAGAUCCAUUAUCGUGGGAAUUUAUAUCUAUAAUGUUUGGCGUUAUGAAAAUAUUUCUCGUAUUUACGGUCACUCGAGGAAAAUUUAGUACUGUUCACAGUUGGCUUUACAGUGUAUUUAUAAGUAACAAUAUAAGGAAGAUAGUUCUAACUCCACUGGGUUCUACGUGGAUUGCACCACUUGCUUGUCAAAUACUAGAUGUCGAUGCUGUACCAAAUGAUCUAUGCAAUGCUCUUAGGAUAAAGUGUAACGGAAUGCCUGGUUUGAUCGAAAGUUUUAUUGUCCAUUUGUUUUCAAGUGGUGCAUUGGAGCUAAAGAAUGUUACGGAUGACAACCUGGACGAAUGGAAAGAUGAGGACUUACAAAUUCCUGAAUCUACAUUGUUACACCCAAUCGCCUUAAAUGAAUUUGAUCAACCUUUACUGGAUCAGUUAAUACAAGAUAAUUCAACAGGAGAUAUAAAAAUAUGCGUUGUGACUAUAAAAGAAGAAUUAAAAACUGAUAUCAAUGUACAAAACAUAGAUGUAUUAAUAAUGAUCCAAAUAGAUUCCUUAACGCCAUACCAACAAUUACUUUUAAAAAUUGCAUCUGUUAUAGGUAAUGUUCUAUCCAGGGAUCUGCUAGAAAACAUAAUGUAUGAAAAUAAUCCACUAACUACUGCAAAAGCUGUAAAGAGACUUUUUGCUAUGCGCAUUUUUUCAUGUGCAAACGUAAGAAAUAAAUACAACAACCGCAAUUUGGCUUCAAGUGCAACAGUGGUAUCUGAUUAUUCUUUGCCAACUCAUUUGACCUGCGAAUGUUCCUUCGACUUUGACCCAGAACAAAAUGAAGAUCUUCCGAAAUAUGCUUUUUGUAAAGUCAUGAAAUUUAGGAAUAAAAAUUCCCGAAAAACUUGUUAUGACCUAUUGCCACUUAAUCAAAAAAAAGAGUUUCACUCCCGUAUCGUCACAUAUUUAGAAAAUCAUAAACAAAAGUGUCCGGAUUGCGGCGGCACAGUGAUGAUUAUUCAGACAUCUAGGGUUUUAAGGGAUGAAGACGAACAAUAUGAAUCUGAAAAUGAAGUUGAACAAGAAGAUAUUACUCAAAAUUCAGAAAGAAAUUCUACUUCCCGUGAUGUCAAAAGAACUACAUCAGAGAUUGCAUCAAAAGAAAUAAAUACAACAGAAACUAUGCUAGUAAGGAGUGAAAUGUUAUCAAAACGUGAUUCUAGUAAAAUUGAAAUAGAAGGGAAAGGUUUACAAUAUACAUCUAUUUUAAAAUCUAACCAAAAUUCAAAUAACCACAGCUCUGUUAAACGAAGAUCGUCAAAGCGAGUCACAAUGUCAAAACUCAUUUUUAGAGACAUCAGUAUUGAAAGUAUAAAGAGUUACACAGUGUUUGACAUGUUUCGAGCUGUUACAGAAGCAAAUAAUAAAACUGAUUGGCAAAAUCUGGGUAUUGAUGAUGAUGAAGACAAUAUAAAUGAAAACAACAACGAUAGAAAAUCAUUUAAUAUUAAAAUAGAAAAAGGUGUAUCUCGUACAAAUUUUGAUAGAUGUACAUGUGCCGAACUUAACAUAAUAAUUUUUGAACAACUAAUACAUCACGCUACAGAAGCUGGCCUGAAGUGUAAGUUAUUAGAAUUUCUCAUUAAAUGUUGUAGAUUAAAUAUAUUAUCAAAUAGCUGUGAGAACGCUAUACCAAAACUAGAAGAAGCUGAACAAUUGUGUAAUAAAUCAAAUGACUACAUUGAUGAAUUUGACAGAAAACUAUUUUUGGGUAAAAUUUAUUCUUUAAAAGCUGCUGCCUAUUUAAUGUGUAACAAAUUAAUGGCAGCUAAAAUCAAUAUUGAAAAGGCGGUCAAAAUUUACCGCAUUAACCUUACUAAAAUAUCAGACUAUAUGGAUUUAAAACUUUUAUAUAAUUUUAUUAAAUUGAGGCGUCACAAAUAUCGUUUGCAAGAUUCUUUCAUGAAAUCAGAUUCUAUUUUCUGUUUAAAUGUUGCUACCAUACUUUACUCCACAUUAGACGAAAUAAAAACGGCAAGAGUAUCGGCCUUUCGCGCACUAUAUUUGGCACAAAGAGUAGAAUGUAAUAUUGUUGAUCUAUGUGACGUAUUCACAAACGCUAUCCAAAUUGAACUUGAUCAUGGAAAACCAGAACUAACUGAAAAUAUAGAACGUUUAGCUAUAAAUACUUUGAAAAACUUGGAUUCACCUAUUGAAGCUCAUGAACUUUAUGCCAUCGGAAAAAUAUUUAUGGCGUCAUUUCGCGCCCGCAGCGCACGAGCUAAGCUCGCUGCUUCUGUUCGCUCAGGAUUUAGAGCAUUAGUUGUUAGCCGAUUUCUCCACGCAGACAAAGUAUCCAUAGACAUCAUACCUGACCUAUUUUACAUAUUAUUAAGUCGUAGCCGAAUAGAAGAAGCGGUGGAUGUUGUGAAGCUCUUGUUAGAAUUAAGUCAAACAUACAACUCUCUUGACUGCGAAACUUGGUAUUAUGCCCUCUCAAUUGACAUGAUUCUUGAUUGUGGCUUUCAAUUGGAAUCGCCUCAAGAAAUAAGUCGAUUCGCUGAAUAUGCAAUAACAACAGGAAAACUUGCUGGGGACAGCAGAAGGCGAUUAGUAGUUGGAGUAUGGACAUAUUGGCUUCGCGCAGAUAUCGAACGUAAGGCCAAACGAUUUGAAAGUGAAGCAUUGAAUUGGUGUGGUAAUGAUAAUGAUGAUGGUUCAUUGAAAACUCUUAUUAGUGCUUUAAGAUUAGCCGAGGGAAUGCUUGAAAGUUUAGCAAGAAAAGUGGAUGACUUAAAAAAGGUGGUGGACUUAAUGGAACUAAGAUCUUUAGCCGACAAAGAGCUUAUGCGUCUGGAACGUGACUCUAAAAUGUUUAAAUCUAUAUGGCCUAGAUGGUUGCUGCUAAAGGCUAAUUCUUUGAGUUUAUCUGGUCGCAAUACUGCAACUAAUACAUUUCUUCAGGCAUUGGACGAAGGUCGUAAAAUCAAGAAUCGAUUGGAAGAAUCCUUAGCUCGUGCUGCAUUUUCCAAUUCUCAGUUUUGGAUACAAAGUGCAAAAAAUGGAAACUUUUUAGAAUGGAAAAUAGGGGCUGAGCACGCGCACACAUCUUGGCAUCAAUUCAUGUAU